AUGUCCACACCGGUACAAAACCACGUUAUCAAUCAUAUCGGAAUAUCCGUAUCCAACUGCGAAGCAGCGGCAGAAUGGUACAAGAAACUGUUCGGUUUCCAGUCAAUCGGUUCAAUUCGCCAUCCCAAGCGCAGCACGCAGCCAAACCACUGUGCUUUCGACAUUUUCCCUGCCUCCCUCAAGGAAUUCAAAAUGGCCUUUUUGACUGCGGGCAACAGGGUGGGAUUCGAGAUCUUCGAGUUCAUCGAACCCAAGACAUACGUGCCACAACCAGAGUUUGAAUAUCAUCGCGGCGGGGUGUUUCAUAUUUGUGUGACGGACGCAGACCCGAAUGCUCUAGCUGAUAGAAUGGUGGAGGCUGGUGGUAAGCGGAUUGGAGUAUCAGCUCGUCCUAAUUCAGAAAACACGAUGGUGUACGUCUCAGAUCCAUGGGGUAAUGCUAUCGGGAUCCUGGAUGGUAGCUAUGAACGUGUUAUCGGCAUGAUGCAAAUGUCGGCUUAA